AUGAAUCUCAGUCCAAGCAAACGGCGCAAGCAUAAGGACAUCGCCGGCGCCAUGUUCACUGGCCGCGGCGUUGCUCCUCUGUCGUCUGCGGCGCCCUCGUCAUCGCCAGCCUUUGGCACGCCUGUGCACCCCGUCAGACCUUUCAGCAUCUCGACAGGCAAACAAGCCCCCAUAUUGCCGAUUCUCCUCCCGGCUGCAACUUUAAGACCUCUCGCCUUCCGGACCUUCACCAAGAAACACUCCCUCACCCUAACGUCUUCCGCAUUGCAGGAGCUGGCAAGCUUUAUUGGCCGACAUUGCGGUUCAGGAUGGCGGGAAGAGGGCCUGGCUGAGAAGGUGCUAGAAGAGGCCGCACGAUCAUGGAAGAACAGGAACGGAGGCGUCAUCGUUGACGCAGCCAAUCCUGAGUUGAAGGAGAUACUUAAGACGCUGGAGGGAAACAUGAGCGGUGGACGAGUCGUCACUGGUGCAAGGGGCCUCAGCCGGCAAAACAGCUUGCUCUUGGAUGCGCAACAGGAGGAUGGCGAUGUGUCCAACGCAAGACUGGGCCUCAGGCCAACGAUGGCGCUGACGAGGGAGGAGAGCCAGACAAGUUUCGGCAUGUCGGCGUUGGAGGUUGACCAGGAGCAAGAUGAUGAUACAAAUGACCCGCGGAAGUGGUUGAAAGUCAUCAAUGCGCUAGAGCAGCCACGGUACAUCUACAAUGUGGAGAAAAAGCAUUUCGAGAGGGAAACGAAAAAGCCAUCUCUCAUGCCACCAGCUGCUCAUAAGACAACCGUGUUUCGAAACCGCUUCAAUGUCAUUCACCAACGUCUACUCCGCAACGAGUCCUUCCAAACAUCCGCUGUCUCUGCCGCCCGUACCAAAAAAGGUGACUCUAGCGCAUCGGCCUUUCACAAAAUCACCCCUAUAGCAAACCUACUUGGUCGCCACGGUAGUCAACACAUGCUUCUAGGCAUGCUUACCGUCCUACCCACCGGGAAUCUCGCCGUCAGUGAUCUCACCGGCUCAAUCAAGCUCGAUCUCCGUCAAGCAGUCGCCAUCCCGGAAGAUUCGUCGUGGUUCACACCCGGCAUGAUCGUCCUAAUCGACGGUGUUUAUGAGGAAGACGAAGAUGCUUCAGUCGGAAGCAAGGUUGGCUUGAGUGGGAGUUCUGGCGUUGGAGGCGUCGUGGGGGGGCGCUUCCAGGGCUUCUUGAUAGGUCAGCCACCGUGCGAGAAGCGGCGCGUAACUCUUGGUGUAAGCGGGCCAGACAGCGAUACUAUCGGCGGCGGCUUCGGGUGGAUCGACUUCUUGGGCGUGGGCAGCGAGCGGGCCACGGGUUCUCGCAUGCGAAGAGUGCAGCAGAGACUGCUCCGGAGGCCACUGACUGAGGACGACCCUGACAGGGGAAGAGGAAGAAUCGUGGUCCUGGGGGAGAUGAAUCUCGAUCAGCCACGCACGCUACAAGCCGUGAAAAAGAUACUAUCAGGCUACGCCAAUGAGCCUGAGGGAGAAACACCGCUUUGUUUUGUGUUCACGGGAAAUUUUACACAACAUGCGGUCAUGGCGAGAGGUGGCAGUGGAGGCAGCGUGGAGUACAAGGAAUAUUUCGACUCCUUAGCAGCUGUUUUGGCAGAGUUUCCCAUGCUCCUGACAUCUGCUACGUUUGUGUUUGUGCCAGGAGACAACGACGGCUGGGCUUCAGCUUUCUCGGCGGGUGCGGCUACGCCACUGCCUAGGAAAUCGGUUCCGGACUUGUUCACGAGCAGGAUAAGGAGGACGUUUGCGAGUGCAAACAGCGAGGCCGGGAAGGGAGGGCAAGAGAGCACUGGCGAGGCGGUCUUCACAUCAAACCCGAGUCGGCUGAGUUUAUUUGGGCCAUGCCACGAGAUAGUCCUCUUCAGAGACGACAUCUCGGCCAGGAUGAGGAGGUCAGCCGUUCGUCUGAAGCGGCCCCGGAGUGCAGAGAACGACAACGCGUCACCCGACGGCGAGGACAUGGACAUGUCGGGCGCCAACGAUGAGCUAGAGAACGGCGAAGGCGAGCCUGUCCCUGAGGAGAUGGACGUGGACCCCUCGACGCCGCGGAAGAAAACAAAGCAUUCGGAACCUGAGGUCCCCUACGACACCCUCGCUGCCCGCAAGCUGGUCAAGACUGUCCUGGACCAAGGCUACCUCGCACCGUUCCGCCAGUCGGUCCGCCCUGUGCACUGGGACUACGCGGGCUCAAUGCAUCUAUAUCCUUUGCCCACGGCUAUGAUCCUCGUGGACACUACAGCGCCGGCUUUCUGCGUCACGUACGAAGGCUGCCAUGUUGUAAAUCCAGGAGCACUGCUUGUCACCGGAAGGAGAGGCAUGGCGAGAUGGGUCGAGUACGAGAUUGGGAAGACGGGGAACGUCAAAGAGGUCUUGUUUUAG